GCAAGCCAGCUCGCCGACCGCCACUUCGCCAAGGGCAACGGUGCCAGAGCCCACACUCUCUCCGCCGUCGGGAACUGCCACAUCGACUCGGCUUGGCUCUGGCCCUACUCGGAGACCAAGAGGAAGGUGGGCAGGAGCUAUGCGUCGCAGGUCCGACUGAUGGAGGAGUACCCUGAGCUGGUCUUCGUGGCGUCGCAGGCGCAGCAGUGGGCGUGGUGCAAGCAGUAUUUUCCGGAAUUGUUUGAGCGUGUGAAGCUGCAGGUGCAAGCAGGUAAAUUCCUCCCCGUGGGCGGCACGUGGGUGGAGAUGGACGGCAACAUUCCAAGCGGGGAGUCCUUCAUCAGGCAGUUCCUCCACGGCCAGCGGUUCUACCAGCAAGAACUCGGAGUGACCUGUAAAGAAUUCUGGUUGCCGGACACCUUCGGGUAUUCCGCUCAAAUUCCGGCUAUGAUGAGGCACAUGGAUCUGUCCCGCUUCCUAACUCAGAAGUUGAGCUGGAGUAUGGUGAACAAAUUUCCUCACCACAACUUCACCUGGGAAGGGAUAGAUGGCAGCACCGUUCUCGCUCACUUCCCACCGGGAGACUCUUACAACAUGAACACCACCGUAGAAGAAGCGGUGAGGACCGUGAGCAACUUGGAGGACAAGGGGCGAGUGAGUACCUCGGCCUUUCUCUUCGGAUAUGGCGACGGGGGAGGCGGCCCCACGCAGGACAUGCUGGAGAGGGCCAGGAGGCUCAAGGAUGCGGACGGAUGCCCGAAAAUGAACAUCGUCUCCCCCGACGUGCUAUUCUCCACCCUGGAGAAAGAACAGCAUAACAUGUGUCGCUGGGUUGGAGAAUUGUACCUUGAGCUGCACAACGGCACUUACACAAGCCAGGCGGAUAUGAAGAGGCUGUGUAGGAGAGCGGAGUUCCACCUUCGCGACGCCGAGUUCCUCCUGAGUACUGCUUCGGCCUCGCUGGGGGUCGCCGCGUCGGCCCUUCUCCUGGCUUCCCUGGAGUCCCUAGACAGCGCGUGGAAGAAGGUCCUUCUCAAUCAAUUCCACGACGUCCUUCCUGGCUCUGGUAUCGGUAUCAUCUACCCUGAAGCGACGAGGUACUACGAGGAGGCUAUUGCCGCCGCUACGGGGGUGUGGCACGACUCGGCAGACGCUUUGUUUGGGAGCGGCGGCGAGCAGACCUGGACCGCCUUCAACAGCCUCCAGUGGGCCCGCGAGGAGGUGGUGGCGGCCCAGACACGAAGCGACGGCGAAGAGGAACGUUCAGCGGGUUACGUUCUUGUCCGAGCGCCGCCUCUGGGAUACGCCGUUCUUGAGGGGAUCACCCCGACGGGUCCUGUCAGUCUCACUGAGACAGAUGGCCUUUUCGUGCUGGACAACGGCCUGCUCCGAGCCGAAAUCAACGCAUACGGACAGGUGGUGAGCCUAGUGACAGCUGGAGACUACCGCGACGUGUUCAGGAAGGAAGAUGGUUCCCAGCUGUCGGGCAAUCAGCUGGUUCUCUUCGACGACGAACCGCUCGUCUUCGAUGCCUGGGAUGUGAUGGACUACCACCUGGAGACACCCGUGGUUCUCAACCAGGAAGGGUCUGGCCGCCCAGUGUCUCCUGUGACGGUCGUGGAGGCGGGUCCCCUACUGGCUCGUCUUCGCUGGAGCGUCGACAUCAGCAGCGACUCGACCCUCACGCAGGACAUCGAACUCAGAGCCUCGACCCCGUAUCUGAUCUUCAGCACCGUCGUGGACUGGCAUGAGGAUCGGAAGAUACUGAAAGUGCUGUUCGACCACAACGUGAUGGCCAGAAACGCCUCCUUCGACAUCCAGUUCGGGCAUCUCGAGCGGCCGACGCACAUGAACACCUCGUGGGACUCCGCUCGCUAUGAAGUCUGUGGCCACAAGUGGGCUGACGUCUCUGAACCGAACUGGGGCUUCGCGGUUCUCAACGAAAGCAAGUACGGCUGGAUGGCGAGAGGGAACCACUUGACCCUUUCUCUCCUGAAGGCCCCGAAGUCUCCUGACGAUACGUGCGACAUGGGGAGUCAUGAGUUCAAGUACGCCCUCAUGCCUCAUGUAGGUACAGUGAACGAAGCCGGAGUCGCGCAGAGGGCGUACGAAUUCAACAACCCCCUACGCCUUCUCCAGCUCCCAACGGCCACCACCUCGACGCAGCCCUCAUGGUCCGCGAUGACCGUGGAAGGCGAGGGCGCUGUCCUGCACACCAUCAAACCCGCGGAGGAUGGGUCAGGAGAGGUCGUCCUCCGGCUCUUCGAGUGUCACGGCAGCAAGAGUAAAGUGAAGCUCCACACCUCGCUGCCUAUCACGGACGUACACAACUGUAACGGAAUGGAAGUCAAAGGAUCGCAGGCAGCGUUUUCGAAAGAAGGAGAGGAAACCACCAUUUCUCUCUCCCUCUCUCCCUUCUCCAUCAUCGCUCUGAGACUCUCCUUCUAGAUGGAGUGAUGGAGGCGUUGGGUCUGGUUACGAUGGGUUCCCGUUUUUUUUUUU